UUGGAGUCAUUCAUGCAGAAACAAAGUUCCCCUUCCAACGCAUUUCGUGUGAACUCCACCCACCCGCGGGCUCAAGGCGAGCACAGGUGAGCACAGGUGAGGCAUUCUGAGCGCGUGAGGCGAGCGGCAGGUCGCGGCGCGUCAUGGCGGAGUCGCAGCUCAUGUGUAUGGAGGACGGGCUCAUGCCCGCCGCGGUGCCCGAGUCCAAGCCGCAGUUCUACUACAGCGAGCAGCACCGGGUGGCCCUCGAGCUGCUGAUCACCGACGGAGACGGAGCCUUCAAGAGCCUCCUGAAGGACGAGAAAAGCCAAGACUUCCUGUCGGCGCGGGAAAUCAAGGCCAUCGCCAGCAGCUUCGUCAAAUACAAGCACGAGGAAGACGAUGGAGGAGCGUCAGCGAGUCGAGACAAACGUGACGACGCCGGGUCGCUGCGCUCCACGUACUGGCCGCAGAUGUCGGACACCGAGGUUCCGCCGCUGGACAUCGGCUGGCCCUCAUCAGGGCGCUUUAAAGGGGUCAAUCGGGUGUUAGUGUACACACACCCGCCCAAAGAGGGCAGCCCACACAUCAAGGAGGUGGUCCGCAAACUCAUACAGGAGUCCUGCAAGGUCGUGGCUAUCGUGAUGGACCUGCUGACCGAUCUGCAGAUUCUGGGGGAUCUGUUUGAGGCGUCCAAGCGCGGCGUCCCGGUCUACAUUGUGCUGGACGAGCAGGGAGCGCCGCACUUUCUGGACAUGUGCAGCCGGCUGCAGGUCGGAGCUCGAGAGCUGAAGAAUGUCCGGACUCGGACCGUGAAGGGAAUCGGGUUGAGUCUGUCCGUGGGGAGAAUCCCGGGAAACGUCCACAGCAAGUACAUGCUCAUCGACGGAGACAAAGUCAUGUUUGGAACGUACAGUUUCUCCUGGAGCUCUUCUCGAAUGGACAGAAACAUGAUCACGGUGAUGUCGGGGCAGGUGGUGGAUUUCUACGAUAAUGAUUUCCGAGAACUUUACGCCAACUCUGACAAACUGGACCUCUUUAAGGAGUUUCACAUCAGUAAGCCCCAAACAGGAACGCUGUCUCGGGCCGCGGUGCCCAAACGCCCCACAGCGGCCACUUCUCGCUUCCAGGUCAAUCUCGGAGACGCCUCACGUGGAGAUCUGAAAGUGCCAGCGCACAAAUACCACAACCCAAAAUACCUGCUAGCGCUCGGACAGAUCCCGGGACCCUCGGAGCCGCUGCAGGACUUCUUCAAUAAGAUGGAGCCGCCCGAUCCGGCUCAGCAGGACCUGGAGAAUCCCACAGAAGAGCUGGAGAACAUCACACCCGCUCCCUCUCAGCCCGAGAAGAAAGAGUCCAAGAAAUUUAAAACACUGACAUUUAGCACAAAGUGGAGGAAGAAAGGGAAGAAGAACCAGACGAGUGACGAGGUUAUUGAAGAUAACGCUGCAAACCCUUCAGACGACGCGUCUAAAAACACGCUCACCAGAGACGAGACGCAAGACAGCCUCAAGAAGAAGAAGAGAGGAUUUAUGAGCAUUUUCAGAAGGAGCUAAAUGAGGAUUGUUUUAAUCAUACUCUUUUAAAUGAGCCGCUGAAGACUAUUAACCCUCAUGUUUACAGAACACGUGUCUCCUGACGUGUUCCUGAGUGUGUUUGUGAUGUGAUUUGUUUGACAGUGAUAGUAAAGCCUUCUAAUGAUGUACAACGCUUGAUAAGGAAAACAAGUAAUGCCUAAAUUACAUUAAAGGGGAGGUUUCUGAUA